CUAACUUUAACCUUAAAAUCAAAAUAAAUUAUCCAGGUGACAAAAAUCUUUUCUUUUUUUAUGCAGAAAAGCCAUCAAAGCUUGUGCAAAUUGUCUUUGAACAGAAGCCUUCAAUUUUAAAGUUUGUUGGUGUGGUCAUUCAUGACUUGUUCUGCGAUUCAUGGUGGGUGGGCGUUCGUCCCGUUAUCGAGCUCUGUCCCUAGCCGGUUGUGCACUCGGUACAUUGCAUUUACAAGGCCUAAUGGCCGGUUAUUUGGACAUCAAAAGUCGUUGUCUUUAACCACACAUUGCUUGGGGGAUAUGGCUGUGACAAUUGCUAGUGACUACACAUAUGGCAAUAAGCAAGUGAUUAGUGUUACUCCACGGAUAUAUGACUACUUGCUUACUAAUGUUAGAGAACCACCGAUUCUGCGAGAACUUAGAGAGGAGACUGCAGCUAUGCGUGGGAGUCAAAUGCAGGUAUCCCCUGAUCAAGCACAACUACUUGCAAUCCUUGUGCAGAUUCUUGGGGCUAAGAGAUGCAUUGAAGUUGGGGUCUAUACUGGAUACUCGUCUUUGGCUGUUGCUCUAGUCCUACCAGAGUCGGGGAUCUUAGUUGCCUGUGAGAGGGACAAGAACUCACUUGAGGUUGCAAAAAGGUAUUAUGAUCGAGCAGGUGUUUCACACAAGGUGGAUGUACGACAGGGACUAGCUGUAGAUACUCUAAAAUCGCUACUAGAGAAUGGGGAAGGUUGCAGUUAUGAUUUCGCUUUUGUUGACGCCGAGAAAAGAAUGUAUCAGGAAUACUUUGAGUUGCUGCUAAAAUUGGUGAGAGUAGGUGGUGUUAUAGUAAUUGAUAAUGUGCUUUGGCAUGGAAAAGUUGCUGAUCCACUGGUUCCCUAUUUCUACAGCUCAACGACAAAAAGACCGAGAGCAUACGAAGCUUUAACAGAGCUUUAAUGGAUGAUCAGCGUGUUAGCAUUAGUAUGGUUCCUGUCGGUGAUGGCAUGACAAUAUGUCGUAAGAGGUGAUUCAUCACAUGCUUGAAAACCCAAGUAUUGAAUCUCAAAGAAUCUUGGCAUUAGAAUAUCCUUUGAUGGAAAUUGUUUUGGCACAUCCUGGCUCCUGUAAAUCCAUUGCUCCUUGGGUUUCACAAGGAACAAGCUCAAAUGAUAAUUGAGUGUAUCACCAGUGAUGAGAGGUACAUGAAUUUCAGUUGAUAACCGAAGUAAAAAAAGCGGGACUUAAUGCAUACAACAUCACAGACUUGGAAUGCCAGGGGUUUGAAGAAUUUUGUGAAAAGGAGAUGGUUGUGAACCCUGAAUAGUAACAUUGUAGUAGUACUUUGUACUUGAAGGCUAAAGCUAAACCUUCUUAUAAAGUAAAACCUCUUGUAUACUAUCAUUUUUUGCAAUUAAUUUUGUAAUAUCAAGACAAAAACAAAGUCUUGAAGUACGCAGGUUCAAGUUGAAAAUUCUUUACAAGAAACACAA